AUUAGAGCAUACUGUGUGAUUGAUAAAUGAAUCAGUCUGUAAUAUGUGAACAGUUGAUUAGAACGCGCCGCGUACAAUGCACAGUUUUUGUUCGAGAUAUUAAAAAAAGUGUUAAAAUUAGUGAAAUAAUCCUGUGAAAAUUAAUGGAAAAAUAUUGUAAAAAAAGAAAUUAUUAAUAUCUAGUGAAUUAGAAAAAACUGACGAAAACAUUGAAAACCAGUGCGAAAAUUUGUGAAAUAAUAGAAAAAAAAAGUGUAAAUUUAUCGAAAAAAAGCGAAAGUUAUCGAAAUUUAUACGAAAUAUCGAAGUUAGUCUGAAAAAAUGAAUUGUUUAAAGUUUAUUGUAAAACAUUUAUUGUUUAUAUUUAAUUUAAUUUUCGCGAUAGUGGCCCUAGUUAUCAUUGGCGCCGGCAGUUACGCCUUCCACUACGUGACCCACAACGAAGUUCUGACCAACAUUACCUCCAUAGCCGAGGUCAGCGUGCUCCAGAACUUCAACGAGGACAUCCUGAAGUACAUAUGCAUCGCUAUAAUUGCGCUCGGAUGUUUGAUAUUUGUAAUAUCUUUCUGCGGCUGCUGUGGAUCUAUAGCGGAGAACAAAUGUCUUAUUGUUUCGUACGCCGUAGUGAUGUUAAUCCUAGGUGGCGCUUGUAUCUUCGUGCUCGUGACCAGGUCAGGGUACUUUGACAAAGCUGAGAGGGCGGUGGAGAGGACGCUUAAUGAGACCUUUUACACUCCACAGUACCCGAUUGAAGAUGAAAGCAUACACGCUGUACAAUAUACUAUAAAGUGCUGCGGCACCCGUGGUCCAGAGUUUUACAACGGGACAACGUUUAAUGCAGACAAUUUGGACCCAGCUAUAUUAGACAUAAUAUACGAGAAACUGAACAUUUCUGGGGUUGGAUUAAUAUCCCCUAGCUGUUGCUCCACAUUAGAUUUACGAGCAUUCUUGGAUGACCCCAAAGAUUACAUCGUAAAUACCUUCCAAUGUACUCAAGAAGAUGUGUAUGAAGAAGGUUGUGUGACAAAAGUUUUGGGUUAUUUUGAUGUCGUGGAGAAGUAUUUUACUAUUAUACUUAUUGUGGUUACUGCUGUUGUGGCCUUGGCGUUUAUAUUCGGCGUUUACAUGUGCUGCGCUAUAAAAUCCAAGAAAGAAAAAAAAAGGUACUAUUAAAUCAACAAUAAAAAUAAAAAAUAGUAAAAUUUUCAAACCACAUCGGCUACCAACGGGCCAAGAAUAAAUAAAAAUCAAAUAAUAGGUAGUAAGGAAAAGCGGAAAUUCCACUGUCAAGAGAGAAGAGAGAAAAUAAUAAUAAAAAAAACGACAAAUUGACACUUGCGCUUCGCUUGGCUCGACUUGGCGGGGACACUCCCUUGUCUCCAGAUAAGUUGUUUUAAUUUUCCUUUGUCACAGAGAAAUACAAACAUAUCUUCUCUUAUUUCUCGUCAGAGGUUAAAAGACGGGGAGUUCGAAAUUGAUUUAAUCUUUUUUCAAUGAAGUACAUAGAUACAUAAUUUUUUUUUUGGAUUUUGUAAUAAAAAAUUUACAGUAAAAAUAUUGAUCAUAAAUCUAUAUGCUAUCAA